AUGGAGCGCUUCGAUACCGAACUAUUCAUUGAUGAAGUGGAGAAAAUGCCUGCAAUUUGGGAUAUGAAAAGUGCCGAUUACUCCAAUAGAAUUAAGAAAAAUGGAGCCUGGCAGGAAUUGGUGGAAAUAUUUGCACAUGGGGAAGACACAUUAGAAAAAAAAAUAAUUGUACUUGGAGCCACAUUGCAAAAAAAGUGGAAAAACAUCCGCGACGCAUACAUGAAAGAGUACAAGAAAAAUACAUCGAUUCCCUCCGGUUCGGGGUCACAGAAAGGUACAACGUACAUUUAUUUUUCCCGGCUCUCAUUUCUUCAAGUGUGUGCUGAGAAUAAGGAAACCACCAGUAACGUUGAGGAACCAAGAAAUGAAGAGCAAAGAAAUGAGGGUGAAGAAGAAGAUUUUGUAGAACCUAGGGAUAUUCGUCCUGUUUCGAAAAAGAAGAAAACUUUGAAUUCUUCCGAGGAACGGUUAACCGAUUUAUUGGAAAGAAGUAUCCAAACACGAGACAAAUUUCAACAUGAAACUGUCAGCCAAGAUGAAGACAAACUCUUUUGUUUGUCAUUGUACAAAGAACUAAAAAAUGUACCUGAGCAAAAGCGUCUGGCAACUAAGAUAGAAUUACUGCAGGUACUUCAAAAAGCACAAACAUUACCAGGCAAUACUAUUCGUCUCAUAUCGCAAUCGCAGCAUUCACCCUCUAACACGUACACAAAUUUUUGGAAUAAUCAACAUUACAGCUUUCCACUGGGAUCUUCUACUGUGACUGAAUCUGCACAACCCUCACCACUAUCACAAACCACUUCUGACUCAUCGCAGUCUAAAAUAGUUGAAGAACUUCGGUUCAUAUUGUCUUAA